AUGGGAGAGCGGGGUAGUGGAGGAUGCUGUCCGCCGAUGGAUCUAAUGCGGUCCGAGCCGAUGCACCUAGUCCAACUUAUCAUCCCCAUAGAGUCCGCUCACCGCACCAUCUCCUACCUCGGCGACCUCGGCCUAAUCCAAUUCAAAGACCUGAAUGCAGAAAAAAGCCCAUUUCAGCGAACCUAUGCCAAUCAGAUUAAAAGAUGUGGAGAGAUGGCACGCAAAUUAAGAUUUUUCCGGGAGCAAAUUUCAAAGGCAGGUUUUUCACCUGCAGUAAGAUCUGUGACAGAAGCUGAUCUCAAUCUGGAUGACCUGGAAGUUAAGCUUGGUGAACUUGAAGUGGAGCUGGUUGAAAUUAAUGCAAAUGGUGAGAAGUUACAGCGCUCCUACAACGAACUAGCUGAGUACAAGCUUGUUAUACAGAAGGCUGGUGAAUUUUUUCAAUCUGCAAUGAGCAGCGCUGAAGCUUUCCAAAGAGAAUAUGCUUCAAAUCAGAGUGGUGAAGAAUCAUUGGAAACUCCACUGUUAUCAGAGCAGGAAACGACGACUGAUCCAUCCAAGCAAGUUAAGUUGGGAUUUAUCACAGGACUUGUUCCCAGGGAAAAAUCAAUUGCCUUUGAGAGGAUUUUAUUCCGAGCUACCAGGGGUAACGUGUUUUUGAAGCAGGCCGUAGUUGAUAACCCAGUUACAGAUCCUGUUUCAGGAGAGAAGGUUGAGAAAAAUGUAUUUGCGGUCUUCUUUUCCGGAGAAAGGGCAAAGAAUAAAAUUCUAAAAAUAUGUGAUGCUUUUGGAGCAAAUCGUUACCCUUUUGCUGAAGACCUAGGAAAGCAAGCUCAAACAAUCAACGAGGUCUCAGGGAGACUGUCGGAGUUAAAGACUACCAUUGAUGCUGGAAUAGUGCACCGUGGCAACUUGUUACAAACUAUUGGAGAACAGUUUGAGCGUUGGAAUUUUUUGGUAAGGAGGGAGAAAUCCAUUUACCACACUCUAAACAUGCUUAGCAUUGAUGUUACAAAGAAAUGUCUGGUGGCAGAAGGGUGGAGUCCUAUUUUUGCUAGAAAACAGAUCCAAGAUGCAUUACAUCGUGCAACACAGGACUGCAAUUCACAGGUUGAUGCUAUUUUCCAAGUUUUGCAUACACGAGAGAUGCCGCCUACAUAUUUUCAAACAAACAAAUUUACUUCUGCCUUUCAAGAGAUUGUUGACGCUUAUGGAGUCGCCAAGUAUCAGGAAGCAAAUCCUGGUGUAUACACAAUUGUGACCUUCCCAUUUCUUUUUGCUGUGAUGUUUGGCGACUGGGGACAUGGAAUAUGCCUGUUACUUGCAACAUUAUAUUUUAUAAUCAGAGAAAAAAAGCUGUUAAGUCAGAAACUAGGAGAUAUCAUGGAAAUGACUUUUGGCGGACGUUACGUUAUUUUGUUAAUGGCACUGUUCUCAAUUUAUACGGGGUUAAUAUACAAUGAAUUUUUCUCUGUGCCGUUCGAAUUAUUUGGCCGAUCUGCAUAUUCAUGCCGUGAUCCGUCUUGCAGUGAGGCAACUACUGUGGGAUUGAUCAAGGUGCGUGACACUUAUCCAUUUGGUGUGGAUCCCGCAUGGCACGGUUCUCGCAGUGAGCUGCCAUUCCUUAAUUCAUUGAAAAUGAAAAUGUCAAUUCUUCUUGGGGUGGCCCAAAUGAACCUAGGAAUAAUAUUGAGCUAUUUUAAUGCGAAAUUCUUUGGGAAUAGCAUAAAUACAUGGUUCCAAUUUAUACCCCAGAUGAUAUUUUUGAACAGUCUUUUUGGCUACCUCUCUGUCCUUGUAAUCAUAAAGUGGUGCACUGGAUCCAAAUCUGAUUUGUAUCAUGUAAUGAUAUACAUGUUCCUGAGUCCUACUGAUGAACUUGGUGAAAACCAGCUUUUCCCUGGGCAGAAAACAACUCAGCUUGUGUUAUUACUGUUGGCCCUCGUCUCUGUUCCAUGGAUGCUGCUACCAAAGCCUUUCCUUUUGAAGUUACAACACAAUCGGCACCACGGAGAGUCCUAUGCACCACUUCCAGAUUCGGAAGAGUCUUUGCAGUCGGAACCAAAUCAUGAUUCCCAUGGCCAUGAGGAGUUUGAAUUCAGUGAAGUUUUUGUACAUCAGCUCAUUCAUACAAUAGAAUUUGUACUUGGCGCAGUCUCAAACACGGCUUCAUAUCUUCGUCUAUGGGCUCUCAGCCUUGCUCACUCUGAGUUGUCCAGUGUGUUCUAUGAGAAGGUUCUUCUUCUUGCCUGGGGGUACAAUAACGUAAUUAUUCUUGUAGUUGGCAUCAUCGUCUUCAUUUUUGCGACUGUUGGAGUGUUGUUAGUUAUGGAAACUCUCAGUGCCUUCCUGCACGCAUUAAGGCUUCACUGGGUGGAAUUUCAAAACAAGUUCUAUGAGGGAGAUGGUUACAAGUUCUAUCCGUACUCGUUUACCUUGCUUGAUUAUGAGGAGGAAUGA